CUGAACGCAGUGCCUUCUGGGUCCCAGGAAGGACGGCCGGGCUGGAGCGAGGCGGCUUUGCGCUAUCUUUAAAGGCUUUUCUGAUUCAGUGGUGGCUGCUGAAACGGGACAUUCGGAUUGUAAUUUAUUUUCAAGGAUGCCUACGAGUGCUACCUCUACUUAAAUGACAAGAAUAGCUGUAAUCUUGCGGUCCAGCUUUUUUUUUUAUUUAACGCCCUGUAUUUUUAUGGAUUAUUUGACUAUGCAGUAAGAACCUCGAGGGAUUAAACGGGUCUUUCGUAAAGUGCAGGUUUUUCCAGGACCUGAAAUUAACGUUCAGUAAAAAGGAAAUAUGACUGAAUGGCAGAAGAAAACUCCUUUGGAAUGGCUGGCCUUUGUGGAUAAAGAAGUCAAAGUACUAGCUGCCGAGAAACACCAAUACACAGGAUGGGUUUUAACAGUUGAUCCAGUUUCCGCCAAUAUUCUUCUGGCAAAUCCCCUUGAGAAUGGAAAAGUGUCUGUUUUAGUUGUUUUAGGACAUGCUGUGCAGGAUAUUGAAAUAGUGUCUGAAAGAGAUGACGAAAUCAAAGAAAAACUUGCACAUCUCUUCAUGGCAGGAAAAAGUCAAACUUAUAAUCAAGAAGAGCUGGACAGAAAGAAAAACUCCUUGAAGAACUGGUUGGAGAAAAACCACAUCCCUGUAAAAGAACAAGGAGAGUCACAACCAAUGCUGUGUGUGGCAGGUGUAUUAACCAUUGACCCACCAUAUGGACCUGAAGAUUGUAAUAGCUCUAAUGAAAUAAUUUUGUGUAGAGUUCAAGGAUUGAUUCAAAGCUAUCUUGCACUUCAGCAGUGAAGCAUAUAGAUUUCAUUACACUUAAAACACUUAGCAGUUUAAUAAAAAGUAGGAAUGCUUAAUGGUUGAUGAUCAGCCAUUGUUUCCAAAUUUUGUUUCGUAUAUAAAUAGCAGUUGUAGCAGUUGUGCUAGUUAUAUUUUUACAUAAAAAUCUUCUGACUUUUUUCCCUACCAAGUUCCUGCAAAGUUGAUUUGUUUAUAUAAAAUAAAGUUAAAAAUAAGUCUCA